AAAGCGAUAAAUGCUCUCCGCCACCCGCACGCUGCUUCGAAGUUAGCUGCCUAGCGAGUUCGGCACCUGCCUCGGAGCUCCGGUAUCAAACAAUCAUUACAGACCACUGACUGACCACCCAAUGGUGCUUUAGAAAAACUGUGUCUAUAUUGGUCUAGCAAUAUCUGCUAUGCUUGUAUUCGGGCUUAAAUUGGGCUUCCUCUCCUGCGAUAACACAUCCAAACCACUAGGGGAGAACAGAGACAUUCUGGCCGCAAGAUACACUAGACUCUCCUUACGUCAUCCAAAUGCGGCAGCUGAAAGGUGGAAUGCGAUUCAUGCUAAAUUGUUUUCGGUUAAAUACAUUGACUUCUGUUUUCAGGUCAAAUGAAACACGAUUUAUGUUAACUGUUGAGAAGAAGUCAUAUUUUACUGGAUCAUGUUGAUUGUAUAAGUAAGGUUAAUUGUUACCCAAAAGUGAACCCAAGAAAAAGAUGCCACCUCACAAGAAAAACGGGAUUCCGGACAGAUGGGAAGACUACCAAGCCGUAGGGAAGGUUAUAUCUGGGACGCGGUUCAUCGCUUUUAAAGUCCCUCUGAAACCGUCCCUGUGUUGUCAUGUUGAACGUUCGCAGGCGUUUGGUCCAUGGGAGCUGAUGCAGACUAUGGAGCAAGAUGGACAGGAGCUGGGACUGAUUAUAGACCUCACCUUUACUACGCGCUACUACAAACCUGAGGACCUUCCAGACUCCGUGUUAUACCUGAAGAUUUUCACAGCUGGUCAUCAAGUUCCCAGCGACCCCACAAUCCUUAGCUUCAAACGUGCCGUCCGCGGGUUCCUACGAGACAACGCACACAACGAUAAGCUGAUCGGAGUACACUGUACUCAUGGGCUCAACAGGACAGGCUACCUGGUCUGUAGGUAUCUGAUAGAUGUAGAUGGGAUCGAUCCUAAAGAGGCUGUGGAGUUGUUUAACUCUUCGCGGGGUCACCCCAUAGAAAGAGAGAACUACCUGAAAGACCUACAGACUGGGCCAAAGAGAAGUAACAAUGGGAUGGAGGAGUCGGAGCAGGAGCCAAUCAGAGGCCGUUCUGGCAGUCGUCAUAGCAUUCUCGACUCUCCUGCCCAACACCGCGACAGACAUUACGACAGGCAUGACCACAACCAAUUUGUGCCUCUCCACCAGAGGGGUAUGAACCACCAGACUCACGGCUUCCCUCCUCCUCUGCCUCCUUAUGGCAUGUGGCCUCCCCACCCUAGCCUUCUCCCCCAUCCUCCUCACUUCAACAACUACCAAUGGAGACCCCCCCAGCCACAGAACAACUGGAGGAGGCCCUACCCACCAGAGGAAGACAGGAGGGGAGGGGAGGACUGGAGGGUAUCCCACCACGAGGGCGAGAGGAGAGUUCGCUGCCCUCCCCCUUUCCCUGUUCUCCCCCUUUACUCCCCCAAAGGGUGGACUAAUGAGCCUGAGGGGUCUGCCUCCUUCCUCCCCUCUGAAGAGAUAAGUGGCCCACAGAGGAAAGUCCGCACACGACACAAACGCACCAAAGACUGGACUAAAUAGAGGAGAGAGGGGGAGUGCACUUAGUUUGCUUUUUAAAAAUGAAAAGUGAAGCUUCCAGGUUUUGACUGCUGCAGUUCCAUGGGGGCGGAAUAGUUUAAUUUGCUUUUAGAAACACAUUUUAGGUUUUAAUUGAGAGAUGUGUUUGGCUGAGACCGAGAGAAAGGCCUUAGUUCACUUACAUGAAGUGCCUGACUGUUUACUGACUGACUAACCUUGUCCCCAGGCUAUUGUGUAUGUAAGGCUGGUAUAUCAACGAUUCAAUGUUGGCCUUACUGGGUAAAGUGGCAUUUUAUUUUAGAGCAUAACACUUGUGAAAGGCGAGGCUCUGCUUGUGGUGUGUUAGCGUAUGGGGGAGGUUUUAUGGGAGAUGAUUGGGUGGUAGAUUAAGCUCAGUAAGUUAAUGCCUAUGCACCUGGAGUUUCUCCAGGUCUUUCUGUAUUGGCUAACGGAGGCCAAGUUUAACACGCUGGUCCACCAGGCUCUUCGCAAUUUGGGUGGAAGUGCUUGGGGAUGAGAUGACUUGACGAUUGAUUUACUGACUGUUGGCUGACUGACUGGUUUCCAUUAGACAUGAGUUGCCAAUGCACUCUCUGUUCCAUGUAUGUAUCAUGUAUGACAGGCAAAUCAUAUACAUAUGUGACUGUCAUUUAUGUGCUUUUUUUUGUCUGAGUGUUUUUGAUCAAAGGUAAUAAAGAACAUUGGGAGCAGGAAAAA